CUUCUGUGACAGAAGAGCAGAAAGGGUCUAGAAGAAGCUUAUGAAAAGUAUGUUACAACUCCUUAAAUAGAGAGCUACUCCUAUAGUAUCAAUCAUGGCUAUGAUGGACAAUGCAGGUUUCCUUCUGGCUCACAUUCGAAACUCAUUCAUUACAAGUGAUGAUACUGGAAUGUGUGAGUUGAUAAUCGAAAAUGAUGAAACAGACAGAGAAAGCAAAAAAGUUUCCAGGCUAGAUGGAUCCUUCACCGAUAGCGGUGCAGAAUUCUCAGAUCAUGAACUAUCUACAUCUUACGAUAUUCUUCCAGACAUGGGAUAUGGACACAGACUGAGAUCUAACACUGCACAGAGACUGGAGAGGUUAAAGAAAGAGAAGAAAAGUCAACGAAAGGUCAAAAACAUAUCAUGGCGAGACUGUCCAUCAGAUUACACAGCUGAAGAUAAAGGGCACCUGUUUGAAAAGAAAUCUCUGCCGUACCCAGAUUCUGAUCCAGGGGAGCUGUCAAAAGCUUCCAAAUUAUCGCAGCAAAUUGAGAAUUAUGCCAGUUCAGGAGAAAACCGAUUUCUGGAAUAUGCAAAGUUUGAUGGAAGGGCCAGUGUUGGAACUCCAACUAAGAAGAUUGAUAUAUUUUUGACCAUGUGCCCUCCUGGAGAGAGGGAGUAUCCUAUUACAGUCAUUGUUGUGGCAUCAGCCAAAAUCCAUGAUUUGAUUGGCCUAAUUUGCUGGCAGUACACAAAUGAAGGAAGGGAACCUAAACUUAAUGAAAACAUUGAGAUGUACUGUCUCCACAUUGCUGAAGAUGAUGGUGAGGUGGACACAGAUUUUCCAAGUUUAGACAAUAGAGAACCAGUGUCCAAGUUUGGUUUCUCAAAGCUGGCUCUUGUAGAAAAAGACAUUCCUCCACCUGCAAACAACCGCUCCACACACGUGGUUACAGUAUAUGUUCCAAACAGAGGCUUCAACAAAUUCCAAGUGGAAAACAUGAACACAACUAUUCGAGAAAUUUUACAGAGGGUAUUAAAACGAAGAAAAGUUAAAAUAAGGCCAGGUCAGCAGUACAACAUUGAGAAACAGAGCGAGCCCGGGGUGUCAUUAGAGCUCGAUGCUACACUGGCCAGUAUGGACACACUAGAGUUCUGCCUCGUCCGUGAAAACAGUACUCGUGGUGAGUUUGAGGAGGAACGGGACGGAGAUGUGUCAACGAUAGCGGACUCACUGACCAGCCAUCAGUACAAGAGUUACAUCGUCAACAUGAUUCAUCGACUCAGGACCAACACGGAGGUCCAACUAGGAAUAAGUGGGGAAAAGAUCGAGAUUGAUCCAGUGGGUACUAAAGGUUCAGUCAAGUUCCUGAGGCAGAAGGCUGCUACAUAUUUAGCAGACACCAUAGCCUCAGCAGACAUCAUAGAAGAUAAAAAUGGUAAAUCUGUGUUCCGCCUGACCUAUUUCACAGACAAGGACAGCUAUAAGCACCACGACUUUGAGGCUGAUGAUGACGUCGCUCAUGAAAUAGUGCAAAAAAUCAAAAACAUUCUGGAAAUGAGACUGAGUCCUGUCCGAAAAGAUUACAUGGCCACCAAGGAGCGAAAACUUAAGAAACGCGAGUCGCUAAAAUUUAGUUAGCAAAUACGCCGUAAUAUUACCAUUCAUCAGUUUCCUCAGGUGCAGUUGUUUUUGGAAAUACAUAUGCAUAUGGCAUGUUUAUAUAGGAAAUAUAUGUGUAUUGAAAUCAGAAAGUAUAUUAAAGGAUCUCACAUUUGU